CACGUCCUCUGCGCUGUCAGGAUGGGGGAGUCUCCUCUCUAGUGGGCUUCACGCACUGGGGAUUCCUCCUUAGAUCAGUUGUGUGCAUGCAGGUGGAGAACCGGGGAACGUACAGACACACCGCCCGGUUCUGACUCUCACAGCCGCCGACAUGUUCCCGGGGAUGCGGACGGAGGACCGGAGGGACUCGGGGGUCCUGGAUGCUGCGGCUCUGAGGCAGCAGAGGAGGAUCAAACAAGCCAUCCAGUUCCUCCACAAGGACUCGGCUGAUCUGCUGCCUCUGGAUGGACUGAAGAAACUCGGCACGUCUAAACAAGGGCAGCCACACAAUAUUCUCCAGAAGCGCCUGCUGGAGGCGAAGCUGAGCCGAGGCAGGACGAGCAUGUGUGGGGUCACACCAAACGGUGGAGGAAUCCAUCUGAGCUGCAAGAAUUUAAAUUCACAUGAGGAUGAGAAGGAGGAGGAGGAAGACUUCAUCCAUGUACCAUGCAAGUGUUUAGGACAGGAGCUGAAUGUGCUGAUUGAUACAGGCUGCAAGCUGAACCUGAUGUCCUCACUGACUGUGGGGAGGUUAGGUUUAAAAGAAUACGUCGAAGAGAACAAAAUGGAGACAGAUGGCUUCCCAUUUCAGCGUAAGCUCUGCAUCGAUGGUCGCAUCAAGGAGCUCAGCUUGACCAUCGGACAACUCAGGAUAAUGUGUUCAUUUGCCAUCGUGGAGAGUAACAAGCCUUUCCUGUCCCUGGGCAGCAAGACUCUAAAGGCACUCAAGUGUGUAAUCGACACCGACAAGCAAAUGCUGGUGUUUGGGACAACCAUGAGGGAGCAGGUUCAGUUUGCCAUAAAGCCACUCAAUGAAAGCUCCUCUGACUUCAGAGACCUGGAUUACUGAUCUUCCUGUCACACACACUGACUAGUAGCAAUAGAAAUAUUUACUCUUUCAAAUAGAUGCCUCUUUGGGGAACUUCAGAUUUCUCACUUCACAUACUCUUACUUUCUCUCUGCCAUGUUGUUUGGUGCAUUUUGGAGUCAGAUGCUCCACAAUGACUUCACAGAUUUUUACGUAAAUACAGCUGUUGACUCACUAGCACUUCCUCAUGUAGCAUCGGCGUUCUUGUAGCCCAGAAUAUAUUGUAUUAGCUGUCACUACAGUAGUACGUGCUGUGCAGGUAGUUAACAAAAGCUGUAGUGCUGUAGCCUUUAAGAUUCUGAUAGAAUUGUGAUUUAUAGCCCUUAUAUCCCAUAUUGUUCUGCCAGACGUAGUAUUCUACAUUUAUAGCUGGAAAUCAGCCAUGGAGAACACAUUUGGAAGUUGUGUAGCUGAUAAGUUUAGCACAAUCAGCAGGUUACCUGUUUAUCUACUGUAUUUUAUAACGUUGUAAAUGUAUUUUCUAGUCUGAGACAUGUAUUUGCAUUGAGGUCACUGCCUUUUAAUGUUUACAGAAUGUUAGUGACACUUGUGAUAUGUUUAUCAUAUGAUGACUGUAGCAAAAGUGCAGCACUGAAUAUCAAAUAAAAUGCCAAAUUAUGAGACAA